UUGUUUUUAUUGUUACGAAACAUUUAUUUCUAUGGUUUUCUUACGGUUUUCCUGUCUUAUUCGUAGCAAAUAAGUAUGAAAAUAACCAGCUACUCUGUAAUAAUUUAAGCGAACGCAAGGUCGUGGCCUACAUGACUCAUGAGUCAAGUAAUGAGAUAAUUACUAUUGUUCAUAAGUAAGAUUUCUUCCUUAAGCCUUCAUGAUCAUUCUCAAUACAUUAUCGGUCCUCGUACACGUCGGUUUUAUAGUUUUUAUGACUUUACUUUCUAUGAAUAUAAUACGUCAGUUUACUAAUACCACGAAGAGGAUGGCAGUGCUCGCGCCGGCCGUGUUCGUCAACCACGGAGGCGGUCCCAUGCCGCUCAUGGGCGACAAGGAGAGCGCGGGUCUCACGCAGUUCCUUCGCGACGAGGUAAAGAAACACGUUAACCUUAAGGAGUUAAAGGCUAUUAUUCUGGUGACCGCACACUGGGAGGAAAGCAAAGUUACUAUAUCAUCUGCGGAACAUCACGACCUGUAUUUCGACUACUACGGCUUUCCUCCGGAAACCUACAAGUACAGGUACGACGCGCCCGGGGAUCCCGAGCUCGCUAAACGGAUACAUAACUCCCUAAAGAGUGCAGGCAUAGAUGCUAAACUAGACCCAAAACGUGGCUGGGACCAUGGGGUGUUCGUACCUAUGUUACUCAUCAAUCCAGCGGCAGAUGUGCCUAUAGUUCAAAUCUCGGUGUUGAAAAGUCAGGAUCCGGAAGACCAUUACAAACUUGGGGAGGUGCUGUAUCAAUUCCGUAAGGAGGGUGUCGCCGUGUUUGGCUCGGGAAUGUCGUAUCAUAACAUGCGGGAGUUCAUGUACGGAAGAACUCGAGAUUCAGUUGUAAAUAAAGAGUUUGAUGGCUUCCUAGAGAGUGCCUGUACCUCAGAGAAUGAGGAGCGAAAAAAGAAGUUGCUAGUAUGGGAUAAACAACCAGGAGCAAGAGAGGCUCAUCCCCCCCACGCUGCUGAACAUCUGAUGCCCCUUAUUGUUAUAGCGGGGGCCGGUGGCAAAGGGCAAGGCAAAAGAAUAUUCAAGUGGGACCUGAGACAAGUGUACAGAUUGGGUGGUUAUAUUUGGAAAGAUGAAUAGUUUGUUAGUGAUUUGCUAAAUCAAAUUGAUGCCUUAUUAGUCUCAAAUGUUGUGAUUGUUCAUCUGUUCAUUUUGUGGUUAUACCUAUGUUAGUUGUAAGUACCACAUAGGGCUUGAGGUGUACCUAAAUAUUAUUACUUUUCUAAGGCAAAGAAUAUAAAUUAAUAUUAAUGUUCCCUGAGGCUACAUUGCACUAAAAAUAUAUAAUAAUAGAGAUACUACAUUUUAUAGAAAGCAAUUUGCUGGGCUUUUCUUUUCAGUUGAAUAAAUGAGGGACAAUAUGUAAAUAGCUUAUUAAGAAUCAUGGGACCACACUUUGUUUUUACUGCUUUUAUGAAAUAUACUUAUUUUAUACUAGCU